AUGCGACCAUUCACGCAUAUGCCAAGCCACCGACUGUGGUGGGGCGUGCGAACGUAUGCGACAGGGGCAGCUGUGCGAGUCCGAUUUGCUCCAUCUCCCACUGGAUUCUUGCAUGUGGGAGGCCUUAGAACGGCGCUCCUAAACUACCUGUGCGCCAAGCAAAGUGGCGGUCAAUUCAUUCUGCGUAUGGAGGACACAGACCAGACGCGACUGGUGCCUGGAGCCAUGCGUGCUUUGCAAGAGUCUCUUCGAUGGGCCGGCAUCCAUUACGAUGAGGGACCUGACAUGGGAGGGCCGUAUGGCCCCUAUGUCCAGAGCGAGCGGCUCCCUUUGUACACCUCAUACGCUGACAAGCUCAUACGAUGUGGUCGUGCGUACCGUGAUUUUCGACCGCCGGUAUCUCGCGACAUGAGCGCACGGGCAUCUGCCAUACUUCGUGAAGCAUACUUGCCACCUAGUGAAAGUGAGGCGCAGGAGCGUAUUCAGCGUGGGGAGACGUUCGUCGUGCGCCUCAAAAUGGACCCCGGGCGUACGUUUUCGUAUGAGGACGUGGUAUAUGGGCCUAUGUCUUUUCGGCCUGAUGCUAUGGGUGGUGUGACAGAUGAUCCUAUUAUAAUAAAGAGCGAUGGCUGGCCGACCUAUCAUCUGGCCAGUGUUGUGGAUGACACAGAGAUGUGUAUCACACACGUUUUGCGUGGUGAGGAAUGGAUCCCUUCCAUGCCCAAGCACUUGGCUCUGUAUGAGGCGCUGGGUGCAAAACCACCUAUUUUUGUGCACCUCCCGCUUUUGAUCAAUGCUGAUGGCACGAAGCUAUCGAAAAGGUCGGGUGAUGUCCGCGUAGCUGAUUAUAUGGAGCAGGGUUGGGAGCCGGAGACGCUGGUGAACCUAGUUGCCCUCACGGGCUAUAGCUAUGCGAAUUUGGAGCAUGCUGAUCAUGAUGUCAAGACGAUGAACGAACUCAUCCGUGACUUUGAGCUUACUCGUAUCUCCCAUACGCGAGCCACACUCCCCAUGGACAAGCUUGUGUUUUUGAACAAGCAUCACUUGGCAAAUAAGCUGGCGCUCGCCACGACGUGUGAGCAGACCAAACAAGACCUAUUGUCGCGUAUCCGGCCGAUCAUUACCUCGUGGUACGGCGAUUAUUCAGAUGAUUAUAUCCUGCGCGUCGUAACACUGGGACAACAACGCGUCGAUACCCUACGCCAAGUGCCGGAGCGCAUGGCGUAUUUAUUCACCGAGCCGCGCUGGGAUACAGACACCUGCCGUGCUUUCCGAGCGUCUGUCCCGACGCCUUCUUUCCGACAGGUGGUACAGGCAGGUCAUGACUUGGUGCUACAAACGCGUGACAUACAUGGAGACUGGGGAGGGUGGAUAAAAUCAUUACAGGUGGCAGGGGGUAAGUCCGCCGUACAAAAAAGCUUGCGCAUCGCGCUGACAGGCGAACGAGCCGGUCCACCGCUAGCCGACAUUAUCGACAUUUUGGGGCCGCAGAGAGCAGCAACGCGACUCGCUGCAGCAUUGGCAUGGGAUAAGCAACAUCAUUAG